UUGAGUUAGAAGCAAUCGUGAGAAACCCGUCGAUUAGAACGGUUUGAACAGUGCUUUAGCGGCUUCAGAGCUGUCGGAAAACACAAUUUUCUGUGUAGCUUCUUUAUCUUCGUCGGUCGGAGAGAAAACGCGAACUGAGGAGAAACGAAUUCGCGAGUCAAAAGGGAAGACGCGUUAAAGUGAGCACACGGUAGAAAGACAAUUUAAACAGGGGAAAGACGGAAUUAGAUGAUGCUAGUAGGUGACGGUGGAAAAGAUGAUGAAGCGUUUGGAUAAGGAAAAUUUGCACUAAUUUUAGGUGGAAAAGUGAAUUGAAAGGUGCGUUUUUUCGGUGUGAGUCGUGAAUUGGAGGAGGAAGACACGGUUUUGGUGAAAAUUUCAAAGUUUUCUUUGGCUGGUUUUGGAUGUGAUUUUCGAGUCGCGGUGGGCGAGUUUUCCACAGGCCAAACUCUCCUGACUGGGGUCGAGUAUUAUGGUGAUGGUGGCGUUUCUGGAGUGUCGAUAUUAUUGUUGGUUUUGACGGAUGAAAAUUGUGUGUAAAUAAGACGAGGGCCGAGGAAAUAAAUCGAUUUGGCGACAGAUUGAUUGCGGAUAGGAGCCAAAAUUUUAGUGGGAAAUGUUCCAAGAAUGGAUGAUUUGGGAACGUUCGAUCUAGCAAGCGUUGGCUGAGGAAGAAACCUCAUCCAGUAUGUGAAGUGCUCGGUGUAUUUUUUUUUCAACUUGCGCUCUGGUGCAGGCCAAGAUUAGCCAGAUGUGAGUGGUGGAGUGAAGAUAAAGCUUAGUGUUUAUCUGUGGCUUGGUGCUCGAGCUAGCUGAACAGUGUUACAGAAGCUGUGUAGGCCUACGCGAAUUGCCUUUAUUGGCGUAAUUUAUUUUCUUAUCUCGACUUGUUUUUGUUUCGUUUAUUUGAGUUGAGCUUGUGAGUAUUUUUUUUUCUUUUUGUUCAACCGGAUCAUCUUGUUACACUCGACGGUGCGAUCACAAAGAGUAUCUGUCCGUGUAGAACUAGUGCGCUUCAGUCUCGAGCGAGCAGUCUUGGACAAAGCUGCUGUAGCCCAUACGUGGGGGAAGAAGAAAAAAAUAAUCUCAGUGUUUUCCCUUGUAAGGGCUUGUGCAUGACGAGUCGGCAACUCCCAUUCGACAGCUGAUUGCUUCCAACUACGGAAACUACAACGCAACACCUAUGGGCUAGAGGACCCAAGUGCUUCCUGCAACAUCUUUAAGCCGACCUGUUGUAAGGCUUAAGCAAAGAUUACCUUCUACCCACCACAACGUCAUCGCGCUCGCUUAGGAGGAGUCUGCGAGCAGCAUGGAUUGGAUCAUCAACGAUGAGCUGGGCCUUACGGUUGGCCACGUCGUGGGCUACGUGUCCGCGGCCUUCAUGGUCGUCGGAGGCGUUCUGCCGUACGUUCCUCAGUACAAACAGAUCAAGCAGACCCAGGAUCCGGAAGGGUUCUCGCUGCACGUCUGUCUGGCCCUGCUCAUAGCCAACAGUCUGCGGAUACUGUUCUGGUUUUCCAGCCGCUUCGAAAUUCCCCUACUGGUCCAAAGUGUCGUUAUGAACAUAACCAUGUUCAUAAUGAUUCACCUGUGUGUGACAGUGCGGCGGAACAAUGCCAUCAUGAGGACCCGGGAGCGAGUUUUUUCCGGAGAUGAAACCCUGCUGGAAUCAAUCAAUAGAACCAUCAACAGCGAUGAAUAUCACCAGCAACAGAAUCAGCAAAACCACCACACCGUCAAGAGCGAUGGUACAAUUAGCAACCGAAGGAUAACGGGGGAAGGAGCCACGGCCUGUUCCCUGUCCGGGGGAGCCCCGGGGCCACUGACGGAAGGGGGGACGACAGUCAAGCUGGCUCACAGCACUUCCAUCGGGAUUGGGGGAGGAGUUCCGCCGCAGCCACCUCCAAUGAAGAAGUCACGAUCUCGCCACUACAUCAUCGACUUUGACUCCCGGUAUUUCUGGAACUGGACCGACUUCCAGUCCUACCUGGACUUCAUGUUGGUGGUUUGGGUCGUCGGGGCGUUCGUCACCUACCUGAUGCUGUCGGUGACCUGGUUCAUGGAAACGAUCGGCUUCCUUGCGGUGUUUACCGAGGCCAUGCUGGGUGCGCCCCAGUUCCUGCGAAACUAUAGGAAUAAAUCCACCCACGGCAUGAGUAUCUGCAUGGUGAUCAUGUGGACGGCCGGUGAUAUGUUUAAGACUGGUUACUUUAUCUUAAGGCACGCCCCGACGCAGUUCUGGAUUUGCGGUACCCUGCAGGUCAGCUUGGAUCUCGCCAUCCUGCUGCAGGUGUACAUCUAUCGGAAAAAUCCGCCCCGCAGCACCCACCGUGGAGACUAGCAGUUUGCCCCCCAAAAUAUUCAACAAAAUGGCAACAAUAACACCCUGAACCAUAGCAGUUUCAACAACAACAACAAUAACAGUAAACAUACCAACAAUUCGAUAACCAAAAUUAACUCCUACACUCAAACGAUUCCGAUUCCGCUGGCGGCCGGUCGUUAUUCCGGCGGAGCGGCUGGCUUUCUGGGACAUCCCGGUGCUCGGGUAAUGGCCGCCUGUACGUCUUCCUCGCCAGCCGCUUCGUCGUUUUAUAGUUCCGUUGUAAGUGGGCCAGGAUCGGGACUUCCAGCCGUUGCAGUUCCGAUGGUUCCACUGGAAUGUGCUGUAUCGCUGAAAUCGGGAGCCUUGACACCACACCGUACGGUUACGGGACCGGGUAGGGAGAGAAGAUUCCAGCAUUCCAAGUCCCACUCGAUUGGUGGCUCCAGAGAUGGAACUCCGGUUAGAAUAGUAGGGGGUGGAGUCAAUCGGAGAAGCAACUCGGAACGAUACGACCGGAGCAAGACGGCAUCAUUGCCGCUGCCCAGGAGGAGGCAGCUGGCUGUGAAUGCCGGGAAUGAGGAGGAAGAGGAUGAUGAACAGACCGAAGAACGUGAUACAGUAGUGAGGGUAAGCGUGUUGAAUGAGGAUGUAUAUAACUUGAGUAAUGCCGGAGAUGUGUGUUCGUAUGGAAUGUCGGCCCGCCGAGAAGACGACUCUAACUGUACCUUAAACAGCAAUAGCUACAAAGAGCAGUACAUUUUGGGUAGUAGCUACUAUAAUAGUAACAUUAAUAGGCACUACGGCCAGGAGCGGUACGAUUCCAAGCUGUUGAGUUCCAAUGGGGAGCGAAUCAAGAACGGCGAGGCCGAAGAGUAUUUUGUGGAAUCUCCUCCGGCAGCAAUAGAGGAAAAGAUUCAGCGGUUGGAGCCAAAACCACAUCACUACGGAACCAAUUCCAAAGCCCUCAAGGACAUCUUAUGACGACACGCAGCACUGGUCAUGUGGCCAGUGCUGGAUCACGAUCAAAUCGCCAGGCUGCAGGAGUACGAACAUUCCAAACAGUCGGCGACUUCCACCAUAUCAAACAAUGAAUCUCGCACGAUGCGUUCAGCGGAGACUCAAACCGAACUACUGGAAUGUAGCGGUGAUGAAGGGGCCAGCAGUGAAGAUGCCGGAAGCUGCCUGGAUGAUGAGAUGGAAGCAGUCAUCCCUGGUUCGAUGGAGGCAACCGAAAGCCGAGUGAGAAUCUCCAACAGUUCCAACGAAGACGACGACGACGACAAAGAUGAGCUGGACACGCUGGAAGACACGAAGUUGAAGAACAUCAAGCGCCUAAAUUGCGGCAAUUUGUUCCACUUCAACAGACUGGAACUGCUAAACGAGCGAUGCUCGGUGACCGUUGCAAGCCAGCAGAUUAGCGAUAGCAGCCGUAAUCUUUGCGAACACGAAAUGUACGUGGCCAUCGACGAAGAGCUAGAGGCACCAAAUUCUUUUGGUUCCAUCGGAGAGGGAAAACGGACUAACACAGGAGAUUCCAAAGGCAGUACGGUGAUCUUCAUCCAGGAAAGCCCAGAAGUCAUAUUAUAGCAGUGGCAUUUCUCUUUUUAUUUGGCUACGAUUGUUUAUUUAUCGAUAGUGACACUAUUGAAAAGAGAAAAAUUAUUGUUGAUAGUAUACUGUACCCUGUUGAAAGUCAAAGCUGAACGAGCGCGAGGAGUCAAAAGUACUUGUACAGAGGUGAUCUAUUUUUGUACCAAAUACCAAACUAAGCAAAGAGUAACGUUUUAAACAUUGUCCUAAAGAACUAUUUAAGCAAUCAAUUAAAAAUUGACUCUGAUAGCUAAACAAAAACCGAAUAAACAGUAACAUGCGCUUCGUGAUUUAUACUCCAAGGAAACGAAAAAUCUGAAACAAAAUCCCAACUGAAACGAUAUCUGUACUCCUUUUCCUUCUAAAACUUUUAAAAAGAUCAAACUUCUUCACACUACAACUCCACUCGAAACUCCACUCUUCUCACCUCUAGCCUAAAAAACCGAAAUUGAACGAAAUCUACUCCACGCUAAAUCCACUAGCAACAAAAUCAUUUUAUUUUGGAUUAAGAAAAAAAAGUCGUAAAAACGAUUAAACAUCACAAAAACCACACACACAGAUAAAGAGAAUAUUUUUGGGGGGUCCUUUGGUUUAAGCAAUCAAAUAUCCUAUAACAUCAACCUAAUUGUAGAUAAGUAAAAUAAAACUUAAAUGAAUAAAAAGCAUAACCGUUUAGCGUUAUGCCGGAAAAAAAACAAGAAAAUAAUAAAAAAGAAAAAAGGAAAAACUAAUUCGAAUCAGUCAAACGAAUAAUUUCAAAUCCAAACAAACAAAAUAAAAACGAGUAAGACUUAUUGCCUAUAACACACAGCCUUUACUAGUACGCUUUCAGUAAAUUAUUAGGAAAAAUCGGAAUGAAUUGAAACCGACUAAUUGUGUAAAAUUGUAUGAUUUUCAAUUUUCUCUAAUUUUUAAUUGUUUAGCGAAUUGUCAAUUGCUAUGACCAAUCUAGUCCCGCAUUUCAAAUCUAACUUCAAACAAUGAAAAUGGUUGUUUAAAAGUACACAAACUAAAUUACGAUUGAAGAAGAAAUUCUGAUUUAGUUUUUUUUUAUGAUUCGAUCAGUUGAAAGUUUAAUUCCUAAAUGCGAUUAAAUGUUUGUACCAGAAUUGAUUAAUCUGCUUUUGCAAAUAUGAGAAAGUGCUCAGCAUAGCAAAUUAUUUUUGGAUCAUUUUUCUCCAUUAAGGCAAUGUUUUUAUGAUAAAAUUUGGAUUAAAAAAAAUCAUAAGGAUCUAAAUCGGUUCAUUUACACUUCAGCUAUAAAUACACUCCAUCGAAGUUAGGGCUUUACGGAAACGCAUGAGUUGCAUUUACAAACCUUUAAAACAGAUGUUUGUUUAAUUAUAACAAAUCAGCAAUAUAAAAUUAUGAUAGUAGAGAGAAGCAGUUCUUCAAAUUAUUUUUUUAUUUUUAAACUGUGACCCAGAGAUGGGUCUUGACUCAAACAAUGUUGUAGAGAAAUGAAUCCAACUGUAAGUUGAAAUUUCAGGGACUAGACAAGAUGAAAAUUAACGUUGAAAAACAUGCGAAAAAAAAGGCGAAAACAAGACGAAUUUGUUUCACAUGUUCUUCAACGUUAAUUUUCAUCUUGUCUAGUCCCUGAAAUUUCAACUUAGAGUUGGAUUCAUUUCUCUACAAAAAAUAUUGUUUUAUUUCCUAGAAAAUCUGUUGUGUAAACUUUAAACUUAAUAUACCUUCCUUUUUGACGAAGCAUUUUUUACACAUGCAAUCGAAUUUGUCCAAAUUGGAAAUUUUAAAACUAUUUUCUUUCAAUUUUCACACCGCUGGUUUCUCUCCAGUGUUUGAACUAAGGCUUCCAUGCUUGUUAACUUCUGUUAUCUAACCAUCUUUUAAGCAGUUAUUUGUUUCAUUUUUUGUAAACCACACUUACAAACAUGAAUAGAGAAAUACAAAAUCAUAAGCAAAAUUAGUUCAGCAUGUCAUAGCAGCAAAUCUGAAGCGAGUAAAAUGCACUAACAAACUAAAGCGUAAUCAACAGGAACACACACAUUAGCUUGGGAAAUAGUUUAUAGAAACAGUUACGGUGUAAAUCAUUCAAAUUCAAAAGGAAAAACCAACUACUGGAUUCACAUUAUCAGAACAACACUUAACAAUCGGAGGAUUUAACAAGUCGUCACACUUACAC